CAGAAUCUUUCAGAAUCAGGUGUGCCGUGAAUGUGAUGGGUAUGAUGCGGUUGACACGUAAAUAAUUUGUUUCUCAAUGCUUUGAAUGAAAUUUUGUGUAAUUUAUUUGUGUUUUGUAAAUAAAAUCAUAUGCAAAAUCACCUCCAAAUUUAAUGUCCCACGGAAGGCUGUGAUGGUGCCAAGACUACCCCGACAUAUCCUCAGGUUGUGAUGUAGUGUAGUGACCAUGUUCCGGACCAAAGUGCGUAUCCAUACAUGUAAGGUGAUCUUGGUGACAUCACUGGUGUGGUUUCUCGUGGACGUGGUGGUGCUGACGUUCUACUCGGAUUGUGUGGGGGCGUGGUGGGUGGGGGCGGGGGGGUGUGUGGUGUGCCCGAGCCUCCUACCCCACAGGCUCUAGUGGCCACCAGUAGCGGGGAGACGGCCACCAGCAGUAAAGGGCGGGGCAAUCUCCAUGAGCUCAUGCGAGACCGUGGCAAGAAGACCUACUCCCCGUGGGAGCUGAUGAAGUGGAAACCUGCCCCCUCUGUCAAAGAACAGGUUGGCAAACCUGGAGAGCUGGGCAAGGCAGUCAACAUCCCAGCUGACCAGGAGAGCAUCAUGAAGGAGAAGUUCAAGUUGAACCAGUUCAAUAUCCUAGCAAGUGACAUGAUCUCACUCAACCGUUCUCUGCAGGAUGUCCGGCAAGAAGG